UCUAUUAGUCUCUUAUGUACUCUGUUAGUUAAUACUGACAAGAUGGGAGCCGCGAACUCUGUUUACUACGUCAUUUGAUUGACGGGUCCCAAACAGGUCCCGCAAAACGUCCUGUCGUAAACGCACCUUGCCAAGGCCAGGGCCCAGCCAGGCAGUAGGCGUUUGAACUUUGGCGUGUAGCCAUUUCUUACUACCCUAAACAACUAUAUCACACGCUACACAGACGUAUAGUGACUUCGAAUAUGAUGCUGCUGCGAUCUCUCCGGUGAUAACAUGGGCUUCAAGAGAGGGACGAUGCUGCUGCUGCCGAAGAUUCUCGCCGUUGUGGUGCUGUGCCUUGAUGUCCAGGGAACAGCCGGUCAGUUCUGCAGUCUCCGAGGCUGCUGCUCGGGAGAGGACGACUCCUGCAGUACUCCUGACGGGAACGGCGGCGUCUGCUACUGCGACCACUUCUGUCUUCUCACCGGUGACUGCUGCCCGGACUAUGCCGCCAUCUGCGAUGAGGACGAGUGUGCCACAGAACCAUCUGUCUGUCACGUGAACGCCACGUGCCACAACACAGUAGGGUCGUAUGAGUGCGUCUGCAAAGAAGGAUUUGUUGGAAAUGGUGAACAUUGUGUUGACGAAACCUUGGGACCCUGCGCGACCCACACGUCAAUCAACGAACCUCGGCGAAGCUCGGCCUUUGUUCCCGGCCCGACUGACGCACUCAUCUGUGACAACGUGCUGCCCGCAGGCUGGUACCGGUUUGUUACUGAUGACAGUGGCGGGAAAAUGCCGGAGACAUGUGUUGAACAGUUUCAUUGUGGCACUCAGGUUCCGGUCUGGUUGAACGGAGCUCACCCUACAGACUACCAGGCGGUGGAUCGUGAAGGCUGCAUGAACUACGGAGUACCCGGCGACUGCUGCACCUUGACAGUCCAGAUCCAGGUGCAGAGGUGCCCGGCAUCCAACGGGAAUCCAGACUUCUUCGUCUACAACUUGCAGCCGACGUUUGCCUGCGAUAUUGUUUAUUGUGCAGAUCCAACUCCCGUGGACAACACUACCACGGCGCUACCUACCCGGCGGAUACCGCGGCAAACCGUGGGUAGCAGCAGGAGUACUAGUGAGCCAAGUGUCACAAGAACCAUGACGAUAGGCAGCGCGACCCAGAGGACGGCAGCAAUGGCGGCCAGAACCUCCGCUACACCGACUGACUCGGGUGGAGCUCCUGUCAGCACACUGAUAGGACACAGCACAACAAAAAGCACCUCCACAAAGCUGGAAGAGAACAUUAGGACAGCUGGUGAAAGCACAACACCGAUGAACCUGAGGACAAGGACAAGCACACCUCGAACUGUGAGUAGGAGUGGAAGUGCUCAAAGUGUCACACGAACCGCUACGAUAGACAACGCCACCCCAAGCCAUGGGACAGCAGCAGUGGCGGCAAAAACCUCGGCUACACCUACUGACUCGGGUGGAACUCCUAUCAACAGCCACAACACAGCAAAAAGCACCUCCAUGAAACCUGAAGAGAACGGCAGGGCAGCUGGUGAAAGCACAACACUGAUUGGUCGGAGGACAUGGACAGGUGCACCAGAUGAACAACAACCAACCGCACCAACAAGCAGGAGGACUGCAACAGGCGAUGGAGUAACUGACAGUCCAGGCGCUAUGUCUAGUAAAGGAGUCAUCAUUGGCGCCACUUGUGCUGGACUGAUCUUUGUUCUGGUGACAUCUAUCAUCAUCUGUGUGCUGUGUAGAAAAAGAAAACCGUCCCAGAAUACCGAGAAGGUGACCCCAAGUGGCGAUGACGCUGUAGCCCUGGGAAACCUGAGGAACACUGAUGGGAACGUAUAUGACGUUAUAGUAGAUACUAAGGGAUCGGAAGACCCUCCUCAUGAAUACCUAGCGCUGUCCUCAUUUUCAAGUCCAUUGAAACUUGCAGGCAGUGUAAACAUCGGUGGUGGAUUGAAAGACCAGCAGGGCACCAAUAAAUCUCCACCGUCAGACGACCACACAUAUCAGAGCCUUGGUCCUACUGAGCCUGAGUACAACCAUGAAUAUCAAAGUCUUACUCCACUCGGACAUGACUACGAGAAUCUAGGGUUUAUGUCUGAAUAGUGACAUUCAUUUCCUGCUAGAUAUAUAUGGUGGAUAUAUUUGCUGGAUUGCAUGAUAAUAUAGAUAAUAGAUAUAGAUAAUAUAGAUAAUGCCAGAUUUUACUACAGUCAAUUCGCUCCCAAAACAUGAUAAUAUAUUACUGAAUAAGCAUGAGACCAUGUCUAUACAAUGUACAAUGUGCCAUGUACAACUCUGAUAGAUUGCAUUUCUGAGUAGGAAAAUGUGUAAAAGUAGCCACGAUUAUUCAAUUUAGGGUAUCAUUUUUCUUUGAUAGCAUUGUGGAUUCUCAGCACAGAGAGUUUUUAUGAUCAUAUAUUAGUAUAAUGAAUAGGUGGUAAAAAUUAACUUGUAAGAGGAUUAUAACAAAACUUGGAAAACAAUAACAAACUUGAUUUAUCUCUGAAUGAUUAGAAUGAACGAACUAUCUGGAUAUGGCUCUCUAUAUACUCAUCGAUAAUCAUGUUCAAGAUGUAACUACAUGUAAUAUGCAAUGUUGAAUUUUGAUGUUUUAUGAGUAACAGACAAGCAAGAUAUGUGUCACUUUUUGACUCUAUGCAUAUUCAUGACAUUCAGUUUGGCAUGACUUUUCACAGUUCAGUGAUGCUCAGUGCUGCCACACCUACAUGUAGUCAAGGCAGGCCUGGGGAAGCACUAAAUAUCAUAUGCCCUAUUCGGGGCCCAAGUUGGGUAGGUUGCUAGGAUAGGUGGGUCUUAAGCUGACAACACAUAUUUUCCAUAUUGACAUCAACAAUAUCUAAGAAGAGUAAAACUUCAACAAAAGACUCUGUUGGCUAACAAAGAAUAUCUUUUCUUAGGUCGCCUUAGCAUAUGUUUGGAAAUAUCAAAACGCCAGGGAUGCAGAAUUAUGUCAAGGAUCAUGUACAGCGUAGCUGUUUUUGCUGGAAGAAAUUUUUGACAUGAGACAUGAAAUUAACAAUUUUCGUAAAUUCGUAUCAAUUUUCUCCGUUCCUGUUACCAUAUCUAGUUUUUUUUUUCAUUUAUUUCAUUCCAUUCAGAGUAAUCACUGAACGUGAAGGAUACAAGUGGUAGGUGCUAGGCCUAUUCAAUUCAUUCCAGCACCAGCGAUUUUUUUACAAAUUUCUUCCAAUACCAAUUAAAUGGAACGUAUAGUGAAUACGUAGAAUGUGUAGGCGAUUCUCAUAGUCGUCUAUUUCUCUUUGCAAAAUUGGAGAAAUUACAAAAUCUCUACAUGUUGAGUUUCCUGACAGAAAGAUGUCAAAGGACAAAGGGCAAUGGUGUGUUGUUUACAUCUUUCUACCAAGAUAGACACACAUCUGUAGCACUGCCAACCUCUUCAAGGUGCCUUCCUACUAGGUCACCAUAGUUUUGUGUAUCUUGAAUUCUAAAUAUUGUUCAAGUCUGCCAAUUGCCCCAUCCUGUCACAAUAUGCGGUGGAAAGUUUUUCAUACUAAAAUGUGGAUGGUGGCUCAAUGCUGUGAA